CCUACAAAUAUAAACCCUAGCACCUUCAAAUGGCAAACGCUAGAACAACUCAUGAAAAGAAGAAGAAUGGGAUAGUGAAUUUGAGAAUAAUGGUGAGGAAGCUACAAAAGAGUCUUCUAUUAGGGAACAAGAAAUCACAUGCAUCCAAACUCGAUGAGCAUGGAAAUGAGUCGAUCAACGUGCCAGAGGACGUGAAGGAAGGGCAUUUUGCGGUUGUUGCUAUGGACAAUAAUCACCUUAAGAGAUUUAUAGUUCCUUUGAGUUGCUUAACACACCCUUCAUUCUUGAAACUAUUAGAACAAGCUGCUGAAGAAUUUGGUUUUGAUCAUGAAGGUGCACUUACUGUACCAUGUAGCCCAACUGAAUUUGAGAGAAUCUUGACUGAACAAUGGGUGCAAGGAACUGAUUCAACAUCACUUCAACCUGUUAACUGGACCUCAUGUAUGGUCAAAACCCAUUAA